CACACGCUUCCUCUAAGGGGGAAGGAGAUGGAUCUCGGUUCUGAAGCUCGGAAGUAUGUAUGGGAUGGAGCAAUUCCCCUACAGAUCCAUCUCCACGAAUCUGAGGUUACCACGCUUCCCUUUCCUCCACCUGCACUGAUUUUGGGUCCCCGGAUUGGGUAUUUGCCUCUGUUAGUUUCUAUCAUAAAGCCUCAUUUCAGUAGCACGCUUCCUCCUGGGGUGGAUACUGUUUGGUUUGAGUACAAAGGCUUGCCCUUGAAAUGGUAUAUACCAACAGGAGUUCUUUUUGAUCUUCUAUGUGUAGAACCAGAAAGGCCAUGGAAUCUUACGAUACAUUUUAGAGGAUAUCCGUCUGAUCUUAGCCCCUGUGAAGGUGAAGAAAGUGUUAAAUGGAGCUUCAUUAAUUCAUUGAAGGAGGCAUCGUACAUAAUCAAUGGGAACUGCAAGAAUGUCAUGAAUAUGUCCCAGUCUGAUCAGGUUGAUCUCUGGCGAUCGGUUAUGAAUGGUAACAUGGAAGGCUUCCUUCGUGUUUCAUCCAAGCUUAAGCUUGGAGCAAUUGAAGAGGAACCCAAAAUAAACGCCAUUUCAUGCACCAUACAGCCUCGACAAGCCAUUGAUGAGAAAGAUAAUACUGGACCAAGCCGAUCAGGCAGAAUUCCAGUUAGGUUGUAUGUGAGGAGUGUUGGUGAGGACCUUGAUGAUUUAGAGGAUGCACCUCUUGUUGAUUCUUUUGACAAAAUCAUGUACAUAAAUCGACCUGUUGAGAUUCAGAAGAAAGAAGGUAUGUUCUUCACUUUACGUGAUGCAAUCAGAACUCUACUACCUGAGUUCUUUGAAGAUGAACCCUUGGUUGAUGAACAAAUAUCUAAAAUAGAACUUACGGAUGAAGCAAGAACAACUGAAACUAACUUGUGUCACCGCGAGUCAGAAAAUGCAAGCAUUUCAAGCAGUGAGGUGGUGGAAAAAUCAGAUAAAAGAAAUACAGAGUCCUCUCAUUCAUCCAACAAAGUUGAUAUCAAGCUUGUCCGUAUCCAAGGGAUUGAACCAAGAUUGGAAAUACCAUUCUCUUGGGUGGUUAACAACUUGAUGAACCCCGAGCACUAUCUUCAUAUCUGUGUUUUUGUUGGACCUCCAUCAGAACAGGCGAAGACAAGAUGAUGGUUUAGAACUGGCUUCUGUGAGUAACUUCCCAUAUAAGGGAUUUGUCUUUAUUAUUCUUUAGGCACCACAGUUCGUAUUUCAUUCUGUAUAAAAAUGUACAGUAACAAUUUCUUUGACAAUGUACAAUGACGCAAGUCCUUUGUGCUCCCUAUGAAACUGUGAAUGCGUUGCCUUGAUUUCUACUA